AAACUCUUUUUUAACGCAAUAUCAGAGUGCCUGGUCUCUGUGCAGUGUGAACACGGGCAGCUGUGGUCGCCUCCACGGAAGCCGCGGACGCAGCGGGGCAGCUGACGCAGUCGCUUUCGCGGAACACACUCUCUCUCUUGCGCGCGCGCGAGCACGCGCAGCUGCGAGUGUCCGGGGAGCCUGCUCGGACGUAACCGGACGAUCCGAAACGUAACAACAUAACGAGAGGGUUUUUUCUCCGCCCCCCCCCCCCCUCCCUCCCUCCCCGAGGUAUCGUAGCGCUGCCCGGGCUCGCUGGCUGACGGCAAACCAGGCAUGGACGACAAGUCAUUCACCAAGGAGUUGGACGGAUGGAUCGAACAGCUGAACGAGUGCAAGCAGCUCUCGGAGAACCAGGUCAAAGUCCUGUGCGAAAAGGCCAAGGAGAUCCUGACCAAGGAGUCCAACGUGCAGGAGGUGAGAUGUCCGGUGACGGUGUGCGGAGAUGUCCACGGUCAGUUUCACGACCUGAUGGAGCUGUUCAAGAUCGGAGGGAAGUCUCCGGACACCAACUACCUCUUCAUGGGAGACUACGUUGACAGAGGCUACUAUUCAGUGGAGACAGUCUCACUCCUGGUUUCUCUGAAGGUAAGGUUUCGUGAGAGAAUCACAAUUCUCAGAGGGAACCACGAGAGCAGACAGAUCACACAAGUGUACGGCUUUUACGACGAAUGCUUGAGGAAAUAUGGAAAUGCCAAUGUUUGGAAGUACUUCACAGAUCUGUUUGACUAUCUGCCCCUCACUGCACUUGUCGAUAACCAGAUUUUCUGCCUCCAUGGAGGAUUGUCCCCUUCGAUAGACACACUGGAACACAUCAGAGCGCUGGAUCGCCUGCAGGAGGUCCCUCAUGAGGGUCCCAUGUGUGACUUGUUGUGGUCAGACCCGGAUGACCGUGGUGGUUGGGGCAUCUCACCCCGUGGUGCUGGUUACACCUUCGGGCAGGACAUUUCCGAGACUUUCAACCACGCCAACGGACUUACUUUGGUCUCAAGAGCCCACCAGCUUGUGAUGGAGGGUUAUAAUUGGUGCCACGAUCGAAACGUUGUGACAAUCUUCAGCGCACCAAACUAUUGUUAUCGCUGUGGAAACCAGGCGGCAAUCAUGGAACUUGAUGACACGUUGAAAUACUCCUUCCUACAGUUCGACCCUGCACCGCGCAGAGGAGAACCCCAUGUGACGCGGCGCACCCCAGACUACUUCCUGUAGAGAUCACUGGUGAGGAUGGCAGCAGGCGUCACUAAAGCUUGAUAACAGAAGCUUCCGUCAUCUCAUGGACCAGAAAAAAAAAGACCUGUGCCAUAAUCGUAAUGAAAUUCAAACUAUCACAUUAACUUAAGACCUUUGUCCUUUCAACUUUUCCCUCUCUGUGCAUGAUGUUUUUAUUGCUCGAAAAUGACUGCUACUCUGAACAUUUCCGUAACAAUACCUGCUGGCUUGUCAGGAAAAAGUGACCGAACUGCUGCUGAGAGCUGAGACUAGAUGUAAGUGAUCUUUGUGUUAGGGUGUUAAUGACGACCGGAGUGUGUUGCCAUACACGGUGUAUACGCUGCAUCUUUCACUUGGCAUGGCCUCAAAUCAAAGGUUGCAAUAAAUAUAAUCUCAACACUUUUUCUUUUUUGUAACUGAAGCGCAACAGUUUAUUUUGUGAAGUGAGAUGAUAGGGUUGAUAUCAGAAAUUGUUAUGUUCUCUUUGCACUUUUGUAUUUGAUUUUUAUCACAUGGUACUGACAGACUGUGUUGUUUUUUUAUACCGUUUCAGUGUAAGUAGCUCUCUUUCUGCUCUGCUGUCUCCUAUGCGAGUUCAUGUAAUUCAUAUAAGUAGGCAAUAUUGGUACAAAUGGCAUCAGUUGUAAAAUAUAUAUAUAAAUAUACACUAUGUUUUGCAGCCACAGCUAUACAAAAUAAAGACUGAAGUUGAUUGUCA